AUGAUGGAGCAACAAGGACUCGAGGCUCUCCAGCAAGAGGUAUGUUGUGUAUACUUUAUUCACCUCAUCUCAGUCCACAUUCUGCUCCAUUCCUUUGUCUCAAUUCCAUUUUCAAUCAAUUUUAUCGGCCUCCUUUGUCUCCGCUGCCAAUAUUCGCGUAUUUUUUGCACACACACACACGCGCGUGUCCCGCCACGAAAAAGCACCGAUGAUAAGAACAAAGUUGGGAAAGAGCAUUGAACUUUUCAGAGAAUCAGAGGGGGGAGACUACUUUUGCGGUUAUCAGUGCCGGUGUUGUGCACUUCUUCGAGAACCGCUCUCGGCUACCGCUGACUGUGCACACUUUUCAGGAGAACAUGGACUAUGAAACAUUGAUGCGGCUGGCGGCUGAGAUCGUCUCCAGAAAGAGGAAGGACGAACGUGAGAGUGUUCAAUCGAAGAGGGCAAAGACUUUUCUGCCACAGGUACCAAAAAAGUUCAGAUUGUAUUGUACUCUUCAAUUAUUUCCAUAGACACCGGACGAGCUGGCUCAACCAUUAACCGCAGCUGCUGAGAGCCGCUCGCAAAGUCCAGUGAGAAGCCUGCAACCAAAUAUUAUCUCACAACAUUUAUUUUGGCAGGUUUUCAAAGUUCCACGAUUGCCGAAAUAUAAGAGGAAAGAUGUGUUGAAGUAUGCGCAAAAUGAUGUUGUCAUUGAAGUGAAGCGACUUUCUGAGGUAGUUUUGAUCAGUUUUCUAAUUUCAGAUGAGCUACUAUUCAACUAUCUUUGGAUCUGUAGACAUACCGAGCAUAGUUCGCCCUUUAAAUGUCGUAGAGGUUGGAGACAAAUCAAUAUUCGCACCUGAACAUGUGGUGCGAGCUCAAGAACUCGCCAAAAAGCAAUCAAAAGAAGUCGAAGCGAUAUUUGGUGUUGAGCCAAACUCUGUAAGUUAACGCUUCCCAUAAAUUUACUCGCUUACCCUCACUUUCAGACUUCUCCAGCCGUCAAAGCUCUGCAACAACUCGUUCAACUCAACCUUCAACCUCCCCCAGUCUUCCUCACAAGCGCUGAAAAGUUCAUGACGAUCGGAAAACGCAUCUACGACCACAUUUCCCGACGUGUUCGGCCAUCAUCACACGUUCGAGACAAGUUCAUCCUUUUCGGACAGGCGCUCACACAAGACCUCCAUCAAUCGUGGCUCAACAAUAACGAUCUGAAACUCGAGCACUUUCUGUUGAGCCCGUUCCCAAAUCUGCAAGCCGAUCAGGAGAAAGUCAUUCGAAGUUUGUCAACGAUGACGUUGAACUCGAAAUGGAAUGAGCUUGCCGUCGACUACGAAAAGUUCAUAAAGUGCUGGACGAUUCUGAUUGGGAGUGUCACGGUGGAAGUUCGUUGUUUUCCUCUUGAUUGAUUGUCAACCGAACAACAAGAGCUGUUUCAGGGUGAUCCACGGGAAAAGUGUGGAAUUAUCAUUGGUGUUCAGAUUUUCAGUCUACUAUACGCAGUCGCGAUAAAGGUUUGUGAUGAUAGUACCAGAAAUGCAAUAAACUGGUAAAGAAAGUGUGAUUUCAGAACCCAAACGUGUUUAACACUCAAGAAAACGUGCCAUUGGAAGACUUUUUCAAAGCAUUUUUCGAGUGUCAGCACUCCGCACAAAUCGUGGAGUUUAUUAUAAUAAAAUUUAUGAAAUGCAAUGACAAGUCGGAUAAAAUUAAACGGGAUGAAGCUAGAAAGGUGAGUCCCUUUUUGCAACCGGAAGGGAACGUUUUACAAGCCAGACUUCUCAUGCUAACUAUUCGACUUUGCAGAAACUCCCAUGA